AAAAUCAACCAAGAAGCUUGAUGUGGCAUCAGCAUUACAUUAUCUACAUGAUCUUUGUGAUAAGCCUAUCAUUCAUUGUGACAUAAAGCCAAGCAAUGUUCUUCUUGAUGAUGAUAUGGUUGCUCAUGUAAGUGAUUUUGGUCUAGCAAAACUUUUCACAAUAAAUGACGAUUCAUCUCUAAAUCAAACCAGCACGAUUGGAAUCAAAGGAACCAUUGGCUAUGUUGCUCCAGAGUAUGGAAUGGAUGGUUUAGCUUCAAAAGAAGGAGACGUUUAUAGCUUUGGGAUUCUUGUACUAGAGAUGUUCUCAGAAAGAAGACCAACAGAUGAAAUAUUCAAACAGGGAUUAAAUCUCCAUGACUAUGCAAAGGCAGCAUUGCCAAAAAGGGUUUUGCAAAUUGUGGAUCCAACCCUUCUCCCUAUAGAACGAUCAAGUGAAGAAUAUGAAGAAGAUGAAAUAGUGGAAGCAGAAGAAACCAAUCACCAUGGAAACUUGAGCCAAUGCCUAGUUUCAAUAUUGGAAAUUGGAGUUGCAUGUUCAAAGGAAUCCCCUACGCAACGAAUGAACAUGGCAGAUGUCAUCAAAAAAUUGCACUUGAUAAAGAAAACUUUUCUAGAUACUCGGAUAUUUAAAAGCAGAGCAAAAGAGAAAGUGGUUGAAAGGUGCUUAUCCUUUCAAGACUAAGUCGGACUGAAUAAAUGUUAACUUUUUUAAGUUGUGAUCAAUGCAAAAUCUAUUGUUCUC